GGCCAAGCCGAAGUGCCCAUCAAACCGUCGCACAAGACCCGCCAUGGCACGAGUACUGUUGAUCAUCGCGGCGAUCGCCGUCGUCGGCGCCGCCGGCGCCAACACCAAGGACAACACGGCCAUCGAGGUGCUCAAGCACGUGUACCACGAGUGCGUCCAGUACGGAUCGCUGUCCUGCGUCAAGCCCAAGCUGCUCGCCUUCAUCAGCACCGCCGUCAAGCAUGACCAGAUCCCCGUCACCAAGGACAUGGCAAUUGUCCGUCGUGACGGCGCCCCCACCCCCAGCGACACCUUCCUGCAGGCCGAGAUGGAGCAGCUGCCCCUGAACAACGAGGAGCGCCGCGAGUCCCUCAGGGUCAUGGCCCUGGACCGCAUCGACGACUUCAUCGCCACCCACGACCUCAAGAUCCGCGUCCCCAAGGAGAUCGUCGGACUCGCCAGCUACGUGCCCAAGUCCCUCAUCGACAUCCCCGCCGAGGUCACCGUGCCCCUCAGCAAUGGACCCGUCGCUCAGCAGCGUGGAUUCGUCAAGAAGGUGGUGAUCCCCUUCUUGCUGGGUUUGAAAUUCAAAGCCACCGCCCUGAUGCCCCUGGCCCUGGCCCUGAUCGCCCUCAAGACCUGGAAGGCCCUGACCCUUGGUCUGCUCUCCAUGGUCCUCUCCGCCGCCAUGGUCGUCUUCAAGUUCACCAAGCCUAAGGUGGUCAACUACGAGGUUUACCACUACCCCCAGCCUCACCUGAGCUACGAGCACCACCCAGUGCCUGAGACCCACGGAUGGGGCCGCGAACUCCCCUACCAGGGCUGGACUCAGGAAUGUUUGAUCGUCGCCUGCCUGGCUUUCGGCGCCCUCGCCGUGCCCAUCCACGAGGAGCCCAGGGCACUCGAAGACGAGGACUUCCUCUCCGGACUGCAGAAGUACGUCAAGGAGAGCGAAGUGGACGUCACCGUCCCCGAAGGCAUGAGCGUCCUCUCCGGCACCCAGUUCUCCUUCUCCCCCAGGAACAUCGACCAGGACGAACUCACCCUGACCGUCAAACUGCCCGCCUCGGCCGAAGCCAAGUCCCUCGGAGAAGCUCGCAAGGGUAAGCUGAAGAAGAUCAUCAUCCCCAUCCUGGUGUUCGUCCUCCUCAAGGCCAUGACCCUGGUGCCCCUGGCCAUCGGCGUGCUCGGUCUGAAGGCCUGGAACGCCCUGCAGCUCAGCUUCUUCUCGUUCGUCAUCUCCGUGGCUCUUGCCGUCUUCCAGCUGUGCAAGAAGAUCGCCGCCGACGCCUCGCAGUCCCAGGCCCACUACGCCACCUACGACGCCUACAACGCCCACUACGCUCGUGGCUUCGCCAGUGGAGUCGUGGCCGCCGCCGACGAGGCCCAGGACAUCGCCUACAACGCUCACAAGCAGGAAUAAGCAGGUGGACGCAGCCGAAGAUUAAUUUAUUAAAUUAUUUUUAAGAUUAAGUUUUAAUAAUUUGGCAAUUAUAUAUUUAUACACCGCGACACGUGAUGACUCAGGACAAAGACGCGAGAUUCCCUCUAGUCUGUGACUUCACAACCCCUGCUUGCUCCUCGUGUGCAACACGUUUUGUCCACUUCGACGCAAAUUAUACCCUUCAACACGACGACAACCCUUUACCUUGUUUCCCUUUCUGUACGAACGACCAAAUGACUGGAGACCAAAAAUUAAUUUGUUAAAUUUAUAUUUAUGUUGAGCAAUAAAACGACUUCCAAGAAAAA